CACCAUUAUCCCACAAUGCAUUGCCCACAUACUUCGAUGAGAACACUUUCAUGAUUUUGUACUGAAGUCGUCUAAUAGAGGGAAUAUGAGUGGUAGAGUACCAACUGCUAGUGGGGGUCGCCCCAAGACGGGAGCGAGGGGAGCAAUGGGAACAGCUGCUGGGAUACAACCAGGAACAGCUUCAAGACUGACCACAGCAAUGAAUCCUGGCACUGCUCGUCCAGGUACCAGAGGUGGUUCUUUGGGAGGGGGAGUUGCAUUAAAUGCCCAGGUGAAGGUUGUGGACCGCCCUAUGACGCAGCAAGGUCUGGGAGGCAUGAAGACUGGAAUCAAAGGGUCAGGUCCACAGAGACAGGUCCAGGACAGAACCUACUUCCUUGGACUGAUCAGGAGUAAGAUCAAUGAAUUAAAUACAGAGAACACCAGAUUAAACAAGGAGAUUGAUAGUACACAGGACGAAAAUUCCACAUAUCUGACAUAUGAGAAAAGAGCUGAACAGCUAGCGACAGAGAUCAGAGAUCUACAGGGAGAACUGGGCGACUACAAUACGUUGGUUGACAAGUUAACAACAGAUGAAGACAUCCAGGAUGUUGAAUUUGAUCUUAAUGAUCUGAGGAAUGGUAAUGAGAGGGAGACAAAAAAGAUAGAAGAAUUAUUUGAAGUGAAGAAAACCAAGGAGGAGGCUAUUCAGCAGCUGGACCAGGAACUUGACCAGGAGAAGAGGAUGGCAGACAACCUUGUCAAUGAUAUGAAACCUGAGACGAGGGAAAAGUAUGUAAAGCUAAAGGAUAUGAACGAACACAUGCUGCGGCAGCUGGAAAAAGGUCAACAGGAACUGGACGUCCUCAACUCAAAGAUAGAAACACAACAAGAGGAAUUGUCCUUAUCACAAGUCAAGCAAGAAGCUGUGAGACUUUAUGAGCAGCUGAACGAGUUGGAGUCUAAGAGAGAUAGCCUGGUAGAGGAGACAAAGACAACCGUGUCACCUGCCGAGGAACGGGAACGCCUCUUAAAACAGGUCAAAGAGGACAACCAGGAGAUCGCCAGUGUAGAGAGACAGACAAAGGAGAUCAGAGAGAAAAUUGAGCAAAUGGAAGAAGAAAGCAGACAACUCGAUAUUGAUAUAGAGGAGAACCAAGGCGAAAGAAAUCAAAAAUACAAAGAACUGAAGAAACGAGAGGAAACAAUGGAUGAAUUCCUCAAUACUUUUGAAGAAUCUAAAACGCAAGAAGGGCAAAGAAUUAAUCAGCUGGAACAGAAUGUUGUCAGUAUCUUGGAACACAUUAGUCGGAACAUGAGUCGAUUCUCACAUUUACCAAGUCCACAAGAGCUUGCUACAAUGAAACAAGACUUGGACUUCAAAACUGGAGAAAUGAAAAAAUCAGAAACUACCACCUUCGGACUAGCAGCAGAGAGUGACAAGCUACAACAGGACCUACAGAAGGUGGAACAGCUGGAAGACAAGAUCAACUCAGAGUUGGUUAUGUUGGGAGAAAAGAACGCCUCUAUGGAGAAGGAGUUAGGGGUAUAUUCUGACCUCGACACACUCCGAAAAAACUCGGAACAGAAAAAACAGAAACUGAUGGAGGAUAGGAUAAUACUACAGAAACGUAGAGACACCUUCAAAAAAACAAUGCAGCACGUAACAGCAAAGUAUGAGGGACUGAAAUCUCACCUGAAGGACAAUGAAACCUUCAAUCAGCUGGAAAAUCUGGAGCGAAAAUGGCAGCAUCAUGAACAGAACAACUUUGUCAUGAAGGACUUCAUUGCAGCCAAAACUAUGGAGUGUGACUUCCGCCCUGUCAGUCGGAAAGUAAAUGUAGCAAUUGAUGAGUACAAUACGUUACUUCAGAACCAGAUGGCAGGCAAACCGAGCAUGUGAUUCAAUAUCAUCAGAAUUCAACAUCCACAAGAAAAGUACAAAGAUGACACACUUCAAAUUGUUAUAUGUUUGAUAUACUGGAGAGUGAACAACUAAUCUUGGGUAUCUGAUCAGUAAACAUCAGGACUGUGAUAUCAGACGUCUGAGGACUGCUAAUUAGAUAGAUAUUUCUGACAGGCAUGAGUUUAAUCAGGGAUGGUACAAAAGGGAGUAGCAGUAAUCAGAGAGAGGCUCAGGAUAGAUGCUAAGUUUCAGAGGUGGUUUACAUUUAUAUUAGAUCAUGGUGUAUCAGCAAAGGUGAGCUAAGGAGAGAAAUGUAUCAACAAAGCCUUGAAAUGGAACUUUUGAGUCCGUGAGAUAUAAUUUAUAACAUUUAUAUUCAUUUAAUUAUUGAUGCAUUCAUCCAUUUAUUUAUAUUUGUAGAAUCUGCAUUCCGUCCUUGUUUCUGUGAUAAUAAAAAUCUAAAGAUUAAA